AUGGAUGGGAGAAGAUUAUUGGUGGUUUGGAUGAUGUGUUCUUGGUCGAGGUUUGGUGGAAAUUCCAAAGUUGGUACUUUUAGAUCCGGGUUUUUGUGGGUUUGGGUUUUUGCAACGGAUUUUGGAAUGUAUUUUCUGAGAGAUUUUGUCAUUUGGGUCUCGAAGAUUCACUCGAGGAAAGCUAAAUUUCUUGUAGAAACCAUAAUCUUGGUGGUGUUUUUAGAUUUAUGGGGGUUAGUUUUGAGUCUUGGCUCAAUGUCAUCCAUUGCGAUUUCAUAUGGUGAGUAUGGUCCUGUUUUCUGUGGCCUGAAAUCAGAUGGUUCACAUCUUGUGACCUGCUAUGGAUCGAACUUAGCUGUAAUAUAUGCCACUCCAGCUCAUUUCCCUUUUACUGGAUUAACUGCCGGUAAUGGAUUUGUAUGUGGACUUUUAAUGGAUUCAAACCAACCUUAUUGUUGGGGAAGUAGUGGUUUUAUUCAAAUGGGUGUUCCUCAACCUAUAGUUAAUGGAUCUGAAUACUUGGAAAUUAGUGCAGGCGAUCACCAUUUAUGCGGUUUGAGAAAACCCUUGAUGGGAAAGCACAGAAACACUUCUCUUGUUGAUUGUUGGGGUUACAACAUGACUAAAAACUAUGUGUUUGAUGGGCAGAUUCAGUCCAUCUCAGCUGGUUCGGAGUUUAACUGUGGAUUGUUUUUCCAAAAUAGUAGCGUUUUCUGUUGGGGUGACGAGACUAGUAGCCGAGUAAUUAGUCUAAUUCCUAAGGACAUGAGGUUUCAGAAGAUUGCAGCUGGGGGUUUUCAUGUCUGUGGGAUUCUAGAGGGGGUGAAUUCAAGAGCUUUUUGUUGGGGAAGGAGCUUGGACCUUGAAGAAGAAAUUUCUGUGGCACAUUUGGGUCAAGUCAAUGUGGACUCAGCUCCAAGUGAUCCGAUGCUUUUGGUAGUGGGAGGACGGUUCCAUGCUUGUGGAAUCAAGAGCUAUGAUCGUGGGGUGGUUUGUUGGGGUUAUACCAUUCAGAGAAGUACCCCACCCCCUAGUGGCAUUAGGCUUUAUGAGAUUGCAGCAGGGGACUAUUUCAGUUGUGGAGUUCUUGCUGAGACAUCUCUCCUACCGGUUUGUUGGGGUGUCGGUUUUCCAUCCUCCCUACCAUUAGCUGUUUCUCCAGGACUUUGCAAGCCUAAUUCCUGUGUGCCAGGUUUCUAUGAAUUCAACAAUGGAAGUAAACCAUGCAAGUCUCCAAACUCUCGCAUUUGCUUGCCAUGCACCAGUGGUUGUCCUGCUGAAAUGUACCAAAAUGUUGAAUGCACUUCAAUGUCUGAUAGACAGUGUGCAUACAACUGUUCAAGUUGCACCGUGGCUGAUUGUUUCUCUUAUUGUUCUCAUUCCAAUGCCUCUGCUGGAAAUAAGGGUGGAAGAUUUUGGUCACUUCAGUUGCCCGUCAUUGUUGCAGAGAUUGCCUUUGCCGUGUUCUUGGUGAGUGUUGUAUCUUUGACUGCUAUUCUAUAUGUUCACUACAAGUUAAGGAACUGCAGGUGCUCUGCAAAAGGCUUGAAAUCCAAGAAAAGUGGUUCUUUUCAAAAGGAUAGUGGUAAAAUUCGCCCUGAUUUGGAUGAGAUUAAAAUCAGGAGAGCUCAGAUGUUUACUUAUGAGGAGCUUGAGGGAGCCACUUGUGGGUUUAAAGAGGAAUCUCAAGUAGGUAAGGGAAGUUUUUCUUGCGUCUUUAGAGGGGUCUUGAGGGAUGGAACAGUUGUGGCUGUUAAAAGAGCUAUAAUGUCUACAGACAUGAAGAAGCAUUCGAAAGAAUUUCACACAGAGCUAGAUCUACUAUCGAGGUUGAACCAUGCCCAUUUGCUCAAUCUCCUUGGCUAUUGUGAAGAAGGAGGAGAAAGGCUUCUGGUUUACGAGUUCAUGGCUAAUGGCUCCUUGCACCAACACCUCCAUGGGAAUAAUCAAGCCUUAAAGGAGCAAUUAGAUUGGGUAAAAAGGGUUACCAUCACAGUUCAAGCAGCUCGGGGGAUUGAAUACUUGCAUGGAUAUGCUUGCCCACCUGUGAUUCACCGAGACAUUAAGUCAUCAAACAUUCUUAUCGAUGAAGAACACAAUGCCCGUGUAGCUGAUUUUGGUCUAUCUUUGUUGGGACCUGCCAAUAGUAGCUCUCCACUAGCAGAACUGCCAGCCGGGACUCUUGGUUAUCUUGACCCUGAGUACUAUAGACUUCACUACCUUACAACCAAAUCUGAUGUCUAUAGCUUUGGUGUUUUACUUUUAGAAAUUCUCAGUGGUCGGAAAGCCAUUGAUAUGCAAUAUGAAGAAGGGAAUAUAGUUGAAUGGGCAGUUCCUUUGAUCAAGGCUGGUGAUAUACAAGUGAUUUUGGAUCCUGUUCUGAAACCCCCAUCUGAUCUUGAUGCUCUGAGAAAAAUUGCGAAUGUGGCUAGUAAAUGUGUAAGAAUGAGAGGGAAAGAGAGGCCAUCAAUGGACAAAGUCACAACAGCUUUGGAGCGAGCACUUGCACUACUGAUGGGCAGCCCAAGUAGCGAGCAACCUAUUUUGCCAACUGAGGUGGUUUUGGGAAGCAGCAGAAUGCACAAAAAGUCAUCUCAAAGAUCUUCAAACCGGUCAGCCUCAGAAACUGAGGUGGUGGGCGAUUCUGAGGAUCAAAGGAUCGAAUUCAGAGCACCUUCAUGGAUCACUUUUCCAAGUGUUGCUUCUUCUCAAAGGCGGAAGUCCUCAGUUUCGGAUGCAGAUGUUGAUGGAAAGAACUCAGAAGCCAGAAAUUUGGGAAAUGCAGGAAACGUUGGGGAUGGUUUGAGAAGUUUGGAAGAAGAGAUUGGGCCUGCUUCUCCACAAGAACACUUGUUCUUGCAGCACAACUUCUGAUAACAAAGCAGCAAGACAAGUUUAACAUAUUUCUUAAUUCAUUUUGGUGGGCACUUGAUUUCUCGAUGGAGGGAAUGUAUAAAGAAGAAUGGAAGUAGUUUUCUUAAUUACUACUAUUUUCACCAUCACUUCUACCAUCACUGCAGGAAAUGUUUCAAU